UUAGUUUAUUAGGACAGUAAAAAUUAUUCCCUACAAUAAGUAGUGUCGGAUCCUAACCUAGCGAGUUUUUCUGGACCAUAAGUUGGUCCCCAAGCCGUUGUAUCUUUGUUUACUUUGGCUGUUUCCGACUAGGCUAUGGCCGGUCAUGGUUGAGUUCAAAAACUUUGCUGAGAACUGUUACGGAUUAACCGGCACUUGUUCUACUCCAUCGGCGUAGAAUGCAGCACGGAGGAGUCAUAAUGGUAAGAUCGUAGUAUAUGUCGACAAAACUAAGCAAUGCUCAUCCUAUAUCGUUAAUGUUCAGUGUAAGCUAAGUGAUGCUCAAUUUAUACUCUGCAGUACGAUGGAAAUAGAACAAGACGAUCAAGUCGGAACGAUGACCUCCACUCUAAAAUGCAACGAGCUGGCUCUGAAACGCUUUUAAAGACAGACCUCGAACAGUCCAAGGAGGCAAUAAAAAUUGAAAUUCGCAAACAGCUUAAACUAAAAGAGGGCGCCGAAAACCUGAAGAAAGUAGCAACUGACAAGAAAACUCUGGCACAGUGUAACACGAUUUUAAAAGAGGCAACUGCAAAACUUCAAGAUCUGCAUGAUGAACUUCAAGACCUUAAUGCUCGAGUGUCAGAGGAUAUGCCUUGUAAGUAUCUAUAUUGUUUGUGAUAACUGAAGAUAAAAGUGCAAGUCGAUUGUAUAGUUUAUUCCCAGCUAAUGAGCGGCUCGUCGAUUUUCGAGUCGAAAAUAUUCACUUUUUCAGUGUACCGUUGACACUGUAUACUGUAUGUGAUUAGAUUCAUCGGUACUAAUUGCACCUUUCAAAUUACAUUUUAGUAGAUGUUUAAGGUCAGUGGCUUAAAACUGGAUUGACAAACUUUUUUAUCGUCAUCACUAAUAGUCGAUAAUUUUGUGGUGCGGCAACUCUAGGCUAUUAAUUGCGAUCGAACAAGCUGUGAAGUUAAACUCUUUCUAAUUAAUGGUCUUGGCUACCAUAAUCACUUAUGGCUAUGAGUUUGCCUGCACUUGGCAUUUACUCCUCUUUUGUAAAGGUGUACUCAUUCAGUCACGAACGAUCCGUUGUUCACCAAAGUAUACAACUUGUUUUUUUACUAUCCCAAGAAUGAUCUUUGUUAAUACUAGCUUGAGUACUUAAAAUUGAAGCUUGUCAUUUUCUAAAACAUGAUGUCCAUUGAGUAUUAGUUGACUUUUUUUAAAUUUUUACAAGUUGAGAGUUUCGGAGCGUUCAAAAAAGCACAAAAUUAUAUACACGAGUUAAUUGCUUGGUAGCGAAUCGAAUAUGCUAGAUGGUGCGUAUCGCCGCACAUUCUUAAAUAUUGAAAUCGUCACCCUCCGGGACUGCUAAUUUGUCAUGUUAUAUCGCCUUAUAUUUUAAACUAUUAGCAAAAGUUGCUGCUGGGUUAUAAGGAUUUCUUUUGUUAGUCGAAGAAUCGUUAAGGCACGAAGCUGCUUCCUCGAUGCUUUAGGUCAACUAAUAUUUAAAUCCUUUUGCUUGUGUUUGUGACAACAACGGUGGACUGUUUACAUUUUGAUGUAAGGAAAAUCCUUUGUUUGCACUUCGCUGCCUGUGGCGAGUUUUUCUCUGCGUUCUUUUACCCUACUGUGAUCGAUCCAGGAAUUAUAUUGAUAUAUUCUUUUUGCUAGAAUAUGUGUACAAGUUAUACUGAACAAAUGUUUAAUCAAUCUUUCCUUGUUGCUCUAAGCCAUUUGUUUCUGCAAGACUCAUUUUAGUAAAAGGAGCUGAUGUACGUUUAACAAAAUUUUAAUGAAUAAGUUUGGUUUGAUUGAUCAAGAGUUUAGACACAACCUGUAUUGUUCGUCUUGAACUUGUUAAGCUAAUUUGGAUUAAAAUUGUUUGCACCUGGUCUUCCAACUCCAUUACAUUUACAGGUGUAACUGACAGCUAGAUGCCUGCUGCUAGUGCAGUCCAAUAUAAUGUCAAUAUUCAAGUCAUUUUUUUCUGAAUGCAUUUCUCUGCAUCACUUCUAACAGGAACAGUCACUACUGGACCUGUACUGUAGUCUUAAAUGAAAUAAAACCUGGAGGUUACAGCAUAUAAAGACAGUGACAGUAACAGUUUAAGACGAUAAUAAGUUACAAAAACAAAGCUGACUAUAAAUAUAUUACUUGAUCAACAUACAAUAAAGAUGAGAUGUUAAUUGUGUAAAAGGUGAAUUAUACAGAAUUCAUAAGUGAUACACAGGUUUCUUAGAUUGUAGGAAUUUAAAUGAGUCAUGUGGAUAAAGAAAGUAAAAGCUAUUUGCAGGCUCUUAAAAAGAUAAGGCUGAUAUUUUACCAACUGAUCAGCACUGAUUGCUAAUCACCUAAUUGCACUGAAUUUUGAUAGGAACUUUUUAUUGGAUGAUACAAUUUAAUUGGUGGUAAUCAUGGGAUAUUUGACCUGUAAAUUCUCUCAGCUAUAGUUGUAUAGAAGUAGUGAUGAAAUAAAUGUGAUAAAGGUAGAAGAAAAAAUAUUGUGGAAAACUGAAAACUUCCCAAACUAAUGUCUCUUCAAUAUUGCACAAAGAGAUUAGUAAGUUUGUUUCAUAUUUUUCUCUUGGUAAAAACCCUGUGAAGGCCAAAGAUGGCAAGAAUGCUCUUCCAGUAGACUUUUCUUUUAGAAAAGAUAAACUGCUUAUUGUUUUCUAUUUUGGUGACGCUCAAAAUAUCAACUAUUCAGUCUCAAAUUCUUGAAAAAGUAUUGAAAUUUGCAAACCAGUUUUCCAGACAUGGAAAUUGUGUGCAGAUUAAAGCUAACUCUCUUAUGACUGUGUUGUACCGGGGUAACUGUAAGUUUGCAGUACAUCAGGGGAAAAGCUUUUGCUGCUGCAUUUGUCAAGGUUUCUAUCUAUUCCUUAAUUGAUAGUCUUGAGUCUGGAGAAGGUCUUGAAUUCUACAUGUACAUCCCCAAAUCUAUAAAAGCCCCAGCAUUUUGCUCUCUCUGUGGUGGUGAGUUGAUCAAUAAAACUAAAACUUGUUGUCAUCAUGCAAUACAUAUGAUAUUUCCCCUGCACCCCAAGUAUUGAGUUUGGCUUACUGUAGUCUGUUUUUCUUUUUUCUUUCUUUCUUUAUUUAUGAAUUCCCCGAAAUCCCAAGCUACACUAAGCCAUAGUUUAUGUAGGAAAUUUGACCUGUAAGAUAUAUGCCUUGUUCUAAAGUAACCCUCUUUGUUUUGUUCAUUUGCAACCAAGUUAGUGGGAUUUGACUGUCAUACAAUGCUCUCUGUAACUUGGUCUUGGUGUUUCUGCUGCAGUGGAAAUCUCUCUUUCUCUGUUGUUAUUGCCUGUAUCUAUGUGACUGAUACUUCCCCUUGCUUUGCAGCUGAAAACACUGAUGGACUUUCUCCUGAUAGAACAGAUGGAGUGUCAAAUGACUCGUCAGGAAAUAGUAAAAUUGAAUCGUUACAGAAGCAAAUUGCUGUAGAGAUGAAAGUCAAGCAAGGUGCUGAAAAUAUGUUAGCAACUUACAAUGCAAGCGGAUCAAAGAAAAAAGACAGUAAACUUAUUGCUGAGGCUCAACAAAUGCUUGAGGACUCAAAAACAAAGAUUGAAAUUAUUCGAAUGGCAUUACUUAGAGAGCAGCAAAUGUCAACAGGAAGGGAAGAUGGUGUUUUAGCAGGUGGAGGGAAAGAGAAUGCCGCUCCAGGCUUGGGACUUUCACCUUUAGAAUUAAGAAUAGAGGAUGUUCGACAUCAUAUUGAAAUUGAAUCUAGAGUUAUACAGGGUGCAAAAAACAUGAUCAAGUUUUUGUCCAAGGCUGGUCAAGAUAAGAAAGGUUUAGUAGAGGUAAGCAUUGACUGAAGAACAGAAACAUCAACAUUUGUUGUCAUUGUGAAUAAUAAUUAUUACAGGAAGCAAGGAAAAUAUUGCCCUGGUAAUGAUCUUGGAAAGAGGCCAUUUAAUUUAACUUAGCAGCACUUAGCAGCUACAAUCCGGGACAAAAGUUCUUGGAACGGUAAUGCAGUAUUCAUAACCUUCUGUAAUUUCUUGGUUCCCUAAAAAAGUAUUGCAUACUUUUUGAAAUUUUCUCGCAGUUUUCCCUCCCCUUGUCCUGUGCAAAUUUGAAACUUGGAGAAAAUUCUGGAUACACUCAUCCAACGUUGUUUGUGGGGUGACAGGAGGGGCUGGCAUGUAUGAAUUGGAAAAUGCCCCACAAAUGCAAAAGUGUCCCAAGACUUUUGCCCAUGAUUGUAGCUUUUUUAUGCCUGAUGUCAUUAUAACAAAACUUUUACACGGGUAAUUUACAAGUGCAGCCAUUGUUUUAGAGUCUGAAAACAAUAGCCCAAUUACACUUGUAAAAGUUCUAUUAAAUUGACACCUGUAUUGGCUUCCUCUUGGCACUUAACCUGCAUUUAGAUUAGAAACUGACAUUCCCAGAUAUGAUCUUGAGGGAUUCCGGGAUUGACAUGGAGGCUCUUGCAAACGCAAUACUGGACUUGAAUGUGUGGAAUAAGACUGUUCUGAGAAUGCCAAUCGGGUGGGCCGAAUGAUGAUUAUAAGGUGAUAAUGAAUAAAAUUGGCAAUGUGGAGGGAGGUAGUUAUUUUGCAAAAUGUGGGUAACACCCAUCAUCUUGAUGAUCAAUAAAUGAAAAGUUGUGUAGGUUUGGCAAACACUCAUCGAUGUAAAAAAAUUUUCAGUUUUAUUGCCUUAUCUAAACGAUAAAAGGUUACUACCUCUGCCAGGCUAGAAAAAGAGGUUUAACUGUACUGUACAUGUAGGUAGUUUGAUUGUCUUCUUACAAUGUUGUUAGAACUCUAGUCAAUCAUUCCUUGACACUGUUUUUAUUAAGCGUCAUUGGUCUCAGAUUUUGCCUGGCUACAAUGUUAUGUUUUCUUUCCCUCAUUGUCAUCUCCAUUUUUUCAGGCUGAAAGAAGAUUCCAUGAGUCGAGUCAAAAGCUAGAUUUACUACAGUGUUCACUUACGAGACUUAUGGGAGAACUAUCUCCUGAGCAAGCUGCUGUAGGAAUUUUCAAAGAUUACAUGACUACGCCACCAUCUUACGCUGAUCGUAAGGCAGUUGGUUUAGGAAAACAGCAGUAUACAGCUAUCACAAAACCAGCAGCUCUUACUGGCGAGUUAUAUGUGAGUACUGAGAGUUUCAGUGGAUUUUGUGUUUUAAGCAAACAAUGCAAGAAUAAACUUACGUACAAGCAUGAGCUAAGGAUGUUAACACAUGUAUGUGUCUCAUUUGUUACUUGAUCAAGAUGUCAACAUUGCUGUGCAGACUUUUAUUUGUGUAGUAUCUAAUGAAUGUUUAGGACAAAUCCACAAUGUUAUGACAAUGUUAAAGUUAUCUUCUUGCUUGAAGGCCCAUGCCACUGCGGCAGUUCUAAUAAAAGGUCUUAAGGAUAAAUUAUGGCUCUAUGGGCAGUACUGUGUUUUUUCUGUUUUCAGUCCACCAAGUUGUUAAAUUUAGGCUAAAAACCAUUUAAUAACAUUCACAAUAAUGCUAUUUGGUGCACUGUACGCGAUAAUUUAAUAGAUCCUUUGAUGGUUUUUUCAAGUUUUGCUAAACACCAGUCAGCAAAUAUCCAUUGAUGCUGGUGGAAAGAGCGCCUUAAAAAGGUGAUACCUGUAUGUUAAAAGCAAGUGAAGAUAUUGGUCCACGAAGUUGCAAUAUUAUACUGUAGACAUUUGUAUGGUGGAGGUUACAAACUUGUCCCCACCACACAAAUGUCUGUGAAAUUUGUUGUAUUCAGGUUCACAUUCUUGGUGCUGAUAGACUUCUAGCAGUGGUACCUAACCGAGAUCCUAGGAAAACUAUAAGUCUAGCAAUGGUGAGCCCGGAUGGAAAGCUUGGAGAUCGUACAGGAUCUAGCAAAAGAAAAAGUGGUUACAAUAGGUGGAAUGCAGAAGAAAAUUUAUCGGGUAAAUAUAAAAUAUGCUGUCUUAACAUCUUAGCCAAUGAAUUUAAUACCCAUGAGAAUAUUAUGAGGAGUAGUCAUUUUAUUUCAAUAUUGAGUCUGAAAAAAAGAGGUAAAUAUUGGGAAAAGGAUAGAAAUGUUGGAUUGUACACACUCACCCAAAUGUGUUGGAACCUGAGUUUAAUUUGCCUUUUCUAGUUAAGGUGGGCGCUGGUGCCUACAAGGUUGGUGGAGCCACGCAGUGCUCUUGCACAAGGAAGGAGGUAUCCAUGGCAACCCUGUGAGCGACCCUCACCAGGCACUAUCACACUGAACUGUUCCAACCAAUUCUUACCUAUCCCUAAAAGAAAGAGGGAGGGAAGGUUGAGAAAAAAAAAGCACAAAAAUGGCAAGCAAGCAAGAAAGCUAUAGCAAAGACACUUUGCGAAGAACUGCAAGGAAUUAACUGUGUAUACAAGUCAUAAGAUGCCCCUGCUAGAGGCAUCAGGCCAACCCCAGCAUAGUUCUCAAAACUGCUGACCACUAUUGGUACAAAGUUAAUUUUGCCUAAAUUACAUUUAGUCACAUUUUAACUUAUUACCAAUAGAUGAUCUUGGGUGCUGGUGCCUACAAGGUUGGUAGAGCCAGGGAAUGCUCUAGCAUGAGGGAGGUAUCUCUGGCAACCCUUCAAGUGCCCCCCCCCCUCCCCAUCCAAACAUUUACCUCCAUUGGUGGAGGGGCCAGCAAACAGAAGGAAAUGGGACCUCUAACUCCAACACUUAUAAUAAACAUUUUUGUUGUUGUUUGUUUGACACAUUAUGUUUCAUCCAAAGCAUGAAAAGGGUUUUUUAUUCCAACUUAUUUUUCAUUAAAUAAAGCUUACAUUCUUCCUUUUGUUGUGGAUUUUAAGUUGAAGUGUGUGCCGUUCUUAAGUUGGACAACUGCUAUGUUGGACAAAGUAUGUGGAAACCUUUAGGAACAGAAUGUUGGUCUCAACAGUUUCAUAUUGACUUGGACAAGGUAUUACAAGUUUAGAUUAAUGGGUGUGAGUUUUUAUUCUAAAUGGCACUGAGGUGUUUAAAUAAUUACAUUUUUCAAUUUGUCAAUGUGGCACUCGCUUGCAAAAUUUUCAUUUGUGAGGAUUGGUAGCUAGUACUUAGUAUUUCUUUCUUUUUCUUUAAUUUGUUCAAAAAAAUGACAACAAUGGCACAGUAUGGUCCACAGAAUAGAACAAAAGUUAGUUCUUAAAGUCUAUAUGUGACCCUAUUUGGGAAAAGCGGGCUUAACGAAAAUUGCGUUGAGCCGUUUUUUAUCGCAACGCAUUUGGAAACGUUGGAAUGCAUUGGCGAACAUUCUUAAUGCAUUUGAAAGCGUUGGAAAUGUUCUCCAACAGAACUAAGAAACGUUCAGUAUCGUUUCAAAAUCAUUUCAAAACAUUUGGAAAACGUUUUCGAACGUUGAAAAUGCGUUAAAUGGAACAUCAUUAAUUUGUUGCAACGGGAAACAUUCACCAAACAUUCUAACAUUGUCAACGACUGAGUUACAAAAGCUCCGAACUGUCAGGCAUCUCCUCGCUCCAUCAUUCGACAAUUUAAAGCCACGGUCAUAAAUGAAGUGAUAAAACGUUUAAAACUUCACAGCGUGAGAAAUGUUCGAUCCGAGGAAUCAAUAAUUUGUUCCAUUUUCAGUUUUUAAGUCUGUGUUAUUAAAGAGGGCAAAAAAGAGGGGAAUUAAAUUUGAAAGCACGCGUUGUCGAAAGUGUUAUAGGUCUGAAUUUAUUUUAUGCUGUUCUUUCAGUGUUACGGCGGUGUGUGUGUUUCCCGUUUUUUUGCUCGGGGAUUCAACAAAUUCAACCAGUUCAGUCACGGAACGCCCUGGCAAACGCUAGACAUUGUAUCCUUUAAAAGCGAAAACCUGAAAACGUGACAUUCUUCACAAAAAAUUCAUGGUUUUUAUCUGUACCAGUCAGCUGCUAUGAAGAUGUCAAAAUUUAUGAUCACGAAUAUUUUCUGAUCAAAGCUUGUUGCGUGACACUAUCGUCAUCGCGGCUCAUCAAGGGUUCGGAAAGGUCAACGCGGUAAUGUUUUCCGUAUUACUGUUUGAUUUUUAUGGUGUUUUUUUUUUCACUGAUUCUUCAAUGGACUGCAUGGCUCGCAUGACUCGCUGGCUCUCAUUUUAUACACGUAAAGCACACUUUUUGGCAGAUUUCUUUGCCAUCAUCGCUCGAUUAACGUUGUCAAGCAAGCGCGCAAUGUGGUCGUCGCUUUUAAUCUCUAAAAUCUUCUGCUUGCGAUCGUCGCGACUUCAAUUUCGUCGGAAUUACUGAAGUACUAUUUUUCUCACCUUUGGUCUCGCUCUCUCCCAAUUUUUUCGUCUUGUAUCUUUUCUCCGAGGGAUUUUGGAGGCGAAACGGAUUAAUUUUGAAAGGGAUGUGAGAAUUCACCGGCUGCAAGCAGUCUAGCACGCCGCUGACGAAGGUAGAAAAGGGCAAAUAAUUGGCAACCCCAAAAUUCUGUCAGCCAGCUACGUACAAAAAGAAAUGCACGACCUCAACAGUCAGCCUUACAGUUUUAAGAAACUUCUCAAAAACUUCUCUCCUUUAUUUCCAGAUUUGAAAGUCCAAGAAAGUAAUUUCAUGCUUUUCUCAAUUACCUCUUGCCAUGUUACAACCUGAAACAACAUCAAACACACGCAAUGUCACAAAGAUCGAAGUUCUAUGCAAAUUGAUUUGAACCGAUCGAGAACAAAAAGUAAAAGCCUUUGUUUUCCAUUGCGAAUUCAUGUCGUUAUUCCCAUUGAUAUUACUGUUAUAUGGAGGUAUCAUUACUGUUCCUGAAAAAAAGUUGUAUUUUCAAAGAACGUUCUCAAGCGUAUCGAUGUCUAAUCAUCAGUGGCUUCAAUUAAUGAUAAUUUUUCGCAUCCUGGGUUGAACUUCAGGGACUAAUUUUAUCGAUAAAAAAAAAACGUUUGGAAGCAUUGCCAAUGCAUUGAACAACGUUGAAAAAACAUUCUAAAACGUUGGAAAAACAUUUUAAAACGUUGAAAACAAUUGCCUGCGUUUGAAGGAAAACGUUGUAAAUGCGUUGAGAAUCAUUGGAAUCCGUUUCAAUGCAUUGUAAUGCAUUCAAAAUGCGUUGAAAUGCUUUUCAACGCAAAUUUCAUUAAGCCCGGUUUUCCCAAAUAGGGUCACAUAUCCAUUCUAGAUCCAAAUGAAAUAGUUGCAAUCACAACAGUAAAAAGCAUCGUUGUCGCUAGCAACAAUGGGUGUGCUGCUCCUACGAUGUAAAUAAUUGAAUAAUUAAGGCUAUAAAAUAAAGUUCGUCCUUAAUCAAUUUAGGUCAUCAUUAUCAGUUAUCAUCAUCCUCAGUUCUUGAAAUGCCAAGCAGCACAUAGGGUAUCAACAAAUUUCCUCCAUUCCUGUCAGUCCUCUGUAAGCUUAUGAUGCUUACUCUUGGUCAAGAUGUUCACAUUUAGAUUCCUGAGGUCUGCCCUACGAUCCAGGCAGAUUUGGGAUAGCCUCCCUCCACAUUCCAUUUGAGAUCAACCUUACUUUGAAGCAUGUGAACCAUAGAGUUCUAUCUUCUUCCAUUAUAUCCUGUUAAAAAGUUCAGUGAUUGAAAUCCAAGUAAAUCGAUGCAGGUAUUUUAGAGACUUUUUUGUGAAAAGGCUAACAUUUGCCCUUAAAAAUGUUUUUUUUGGCCUCCUUUCCAUUACCCCUUAGUAAGAUUAGGCCCUAAUUUUUUUACGUAGGGAAGAGAAAAAAGACCGACAUGCACAAGGUUAACUACUUUAGAAAUGAAUGAAUAAAUGAAUGUCUCUUUUUCUUUUUUAACAUUUUAAAGCUUAACCUACAUGUACAGCUAAGUUUCUUUCUUAUCUUAUUUUGCAGUCAAGAGAACUGGAAGUCGGAGUAUAUUGGCGAGAUCACAGAUCUCUCUGUGGAGUAGCAUUCCUUAGAUUAGAAGAGUUUCUGGAUAACCAGCGACAUCAAAUUCAAGUCCCUCUUGAGCCACAAGGCUGCCUGUUUGCUGAGGUUUGACUGCUUUAUAUUUCUAUUCUUAAAUGUAAUGAUUAUUUUUUCCUGUUUUUGUGCAUUUAAUCCUUCAUAAUGAGCUGAUUACCACUUCGUCAAAAAAAAUUCCAUUUCAUUAUUUUGCCAGAUCUAGAGAGUUGAUAAUUCCUAUAGAGAAAAGAAAUACCCAAUCAAACUACAGUUUUGCAGCAGGGCUAACUUUUGAAUUUAUGAAGAAAAUCCUAUGGUGUUACCAUAAGAACGAAACGUUCUUAGUUCAGGUUUUGCAUUGUACCUCUUAGGAUUUCAGACAGAGAAUUUCAGUUUGGCCACUGUUAGGAAUGAAAGGUUUAAUUUAUUUCUUUUAGAAGAAUGCACAAAAUAAAUUUUACUUUGGCAAAGAUCUCAAAAAUAAUAUCUAUGUAGUAGUCUCUGGGUGCUUUCCAUUCACCGCUAAUUCCGGUUUUAAAUUUUGGAAAUUUCACAUGCCCAGUGGAAUGGUACAUUCCAGUUGCACAGACCUGACCCAUGACCCAAACUACCACGUAUUUAGUUUUUGUUCUGUAAGCAGGCUACUAAAGAGCGUUACUCAGAGCACCCUCUAUCAGCCAGUUCUGUAAUAUCAAACACUAAAAAUUAGACUUUUAAUGUAUGUGUCAAUUUAAAUUCAUUAUUUGUACACUGAUUUACUGUUGCUUUACAUUUUACAUGUAGUUUUACAUGUAUUAUUAUUCACUCAUGUGUUUUACUGACCUUUUAAGGUGUUAUUGUAAUACUUUAAGUGGCAGUAUGUUUUGUGCUUCUGUACGAAACCACCAUUUCUCAUGCAUACUUUUUGGAGUAAUAAAUACUUCACUAGACAAAAAGAUAACAUUGCGAGAAUCUAGUUAGCAUUAUUCUCUGCCCUUUGGACACUUUUUGUCAGAUUAAUGUGUGUUUGUAUCUACGUAGCCCAUUUUUUAUAGCAACAAAAUUUGAAUUUAGUAUUCUGUUUUUGUUACCAACUGUCAAGGUUAAGGAUUUAAAGAUGCACAUUCCAUAUUAUUGUUAUCGUUUUAUGAAACUAAAUCAGUGAUUACAUUGAGUCUGACAACCAACAUUUAUUUCAAUAAUUCAUUUCUAAAAUCUACAGAGGAUAGAUGUGAGCUAAAAGAAACAUGAACAUUAUGUUUGUCUGACCAAGGGAGUGUGAUCUUCUUAUAUAUUUAAUCCUUCUAAUUUUGUUUUUCUAGUUGAUUUUUAAGCUUAUUUAAUUUUUCCAAGCUUUAACAUAAACAAAUGGAAGAAAUUGAACUGUUAUUUUUUCUAACCAUUGCUGAAACCAAUCCCUGCCCUGUUAUUGUGCACAAAAUCUCAAGUUUUAUAAAGGCCAAAAUUUGUAUUUUUCGUUUUCUUUGGUAUUAAAAGUCGUGAUGCCAGUGUGCUGUAUAGGCAGAUAUUUUCUAUCUGUUUUUAAAAGUGUAUAUUAAAUGCCCUGAGUUUCUCUCUAAUACUUAACCCAGCAAAAAUUACUCGUAGAUCUUAUACAUUAGAAAUAUAUUUUUCCCUUCUUAAAGGGUUUAUGAGGGUGUUCAACUGGUAUACAGUAGUCAUGCUUUGCUGUUUCCAGUAUUAAUGUACAUUAUAUUCAUUUCCUUCUUCAAUAAUUCAUUAACCCUAAGGAAAUUCAAUACCUCUUUCCAUUUUACAUCGUUGUUUGAUUACUUAUACUCUGUGUAAGGUCUAAAAAAGUUAAUAAAACUUGUAGUACAACAGUCCAUUUUUAAUCCUGUUUUCAUGUUCAUAUAACCAUGAAUUAUCACUCAGUAAUUUUUAAAACUUGUAAAAUAAGUUUUGUAACAUUUUAUGUAAGAGGAUGUUGCCUUGUUUUGAAAUGCUUCAUUGGUUUAAGGUUUUUGUUAACUGGUCCAUGAACAACAUUUGGCAAUGUCUGUAUCAAGUCUUCCUGAAAUGUCAUUUUCACAGCGUAUUUAUUUUUCUGAUUAAUGGGCAUAAAUUCUUGAUGAAAAAUAUAUUUUGCAUUAAAAUAUUUGAAUGUAAGUUUUGUUUAGAAAAAUAUUUCCAGACAAGUAUUAUCCAUAUUGUAGUAAUUAUUAUUUUCAUCUUCUGACAGAUCUGUUUGAGCAAAUGUGCAUACAUUUUAUGCUCUGUGAUUUCAUCUGACUGGGUUAAAUGAAAUGUGAAGAAAAAUAAGAAGCAGUAUGUUUAGAAAUGGGAACUUUAUUGUGAACUUAAUUAAUCUUGGGCUUUUGACUUGAAACCCUACACUCAUACACUGUACAUGUGAAAACCAAAUUUCAUGUUUUUUACAAAAUCAAAUUCAUAAUCUUUCAAUUUACUUUUGACACCCUGAAUAUUUAACUGUUAUCACUCUAAGACCACAGAGAUAAAGUAUGGGCUUUCUUGCUAAGAAGCGUGUUGUUUAUACUGUUAGUGAUUUGUGUUUCACAAGAGAUUUACAUACUUUGCAGACAUGACAGGUGCUUCUUUUAUAAUAUUUAUUUUUUUGUUUGCUUCUGGGACCAAUGAAGUCUUACUAUGAGGCAGGUCUUGGCAGGUGAAGAACUGUUAUUGGCUGGUAACAUGAUGAAAAAUACUCAGAAGCAAUUAAGAAGGUACCAAGUGAAUCCACUGUGAAUCCCAUGGCUUCAUUGGCUUGUGAAUGUGGCAAAACCCAUUUAAAUUGUCUCCCCUGCUUCCAUGGCUACUGUGAUGGUCUUUGUGAUGUUUAUUCAUGAUCUUUUCUGUGCUUACAGUCUUAUUACUGAGUCUGAGGGAUCUGUUUGUGUCAGGUUAUGUCCUGAUCUUUGAUCAGCUAAGCCAUGCAGGUGAAUUCAACACAGAUAUAGCUCCUUUUUGUGUUGUCAAGCAGACAAAGAUGGAUUAAUGCCAGUGAUUGGGAUGAACUGUAAUGUUUUGGCCUCUGGCACAUCAAGGGAGAGCCUGUACUGAAAAGCUUCCUGUUGAAUUGUCUGUUGAUAAAUGUACUAUUUCCCAUAAAAUGCAUUAUUCACUAAUUUGAAAGGUGAGAAAGAGACCCAACCAAAAGCCAUGUAUGGAAGAAAAUAAUUAAGACUGAUUGAAAUUCAGAUUAUGUGUGCCAUGAAUGUUAGUGAGGAUAGAGGAGCAGUGACCAUCAAGCAAAAUGGCUUCCAAUAUCAGACAAGGCUUGGAAUCACCAGCAAGAAUAUUGAGAAAAUUUAUGAGCAGUGGAGCAAGGAAUUGUCUAAACAGGAGUAUGGAAGUGUGAAAUUGGGGGAGUGUGAGAAAUCUACGGAUGAAAUAGAAUGCAAAUCCUCAAGAAAGGGAAACAUCUGUGUGAAUACUAAUGAGGAUGAUAUUAUGAGCAGAAAAAGCUAUCGGCCGGCUGAAUAUGCGGCUAAAUAUUCUGAAGAAAACAAAAAGCUGCCACCCUUUCGUGCUGGAAAAUAUAUUCCCAAAGAUAAUGUGUAUUCUUGUAGCUCAUGCCUUCAGAAUGAGAAAACUACUGCUUCGUCUUCAAAACCAAAGGAAAGCUCAAACAAAAUGGUGUCUUGUUUGGGUUCACCACCACCAUUUAGAACAGGGAAAUACACACCAAAUGAUAGUGGAAUCUAUGUGAAGAGCUCUGAUAAAUUUCCCUCACAAUCUGCCUCUCCAACACAGGGGUCCCCGAAACACAAAGGAAGAAAACAGUCUGUUGAGAGAAUAAUAAACACACUCGAUGAAAUGUGUCUUAAUGGUAGACGAUCUCCAAGUUCACCGAAGAGAAGAUCUCACGGAGUUUCUUCUACUGAUGGAAGUAAAGCCUCAUCGCUUGAACAAAUUGGUUGUUGCAGCUCUGCAAGGAAGAGCUCAAUGCUUCCAGGACUGAGAAAUCAGAUGAGUCAUAGUGCAGAUGCAGUAAACAAAAAUUUAAAGACUCGCCCAAAAAGUGCAGCCAUGGAAAAUUAUGCUAAAUCUCGAUCAAGAACAAAAAGUGAAAAUAUGCUAACCAUAACAACCACUCCACGGCCCAAAAGCUCAGUAUUAGAAAAUAGCGCUACAAACUUUAGAACAAUCGUAAAAGACAUAGAUAUAGGAUCUCCUGAAAAAUUUAAAGUAAGAAAAACUGUUCAGAAUAGACCCCGAAGUGCUGUCUUAGAAAAUGGACUUUCAAGCCGUUUGCCAAUGAAAAUUGUUACAAAUCCUAAAAAUCAAUUAUCUGUGGGAAAAACUUUAGAUAGGACACCAAGUCGUGAGUCUAACAGAUUUCUGAGGAAAGGGUCAGAUUCUUCUGAACGAGGGCACCAGCGAUCAAAGACGACUACCUCAAUUAGCAGCAGCUGUAGUGAGCGAAGUUACAAAGCUAUGAAAACUAAAAAGCCAAGACGAGAAUUACAAAGAAAUGCUGCUUAUGUUAAACCAAGGAUAAACAGGAACUAUAAACAUGGGGAUAGAAAAAAAGGAUCAAGCCGGAAAAAAGCUCCCUUGGGCCCUAGACAAGAAAAAAUUUCAACAGACAAAGUAGAUAGCUGCAUUCCUGAAAAACCAUCUGCUGCUGAAAAGCCUGUUGUUUUCUCUUUAUUCAUGGACAAAUUUUGUGUUCGCACCCAAGACUGGAAUGGGCAAUUUAGAAUCCCUGCACUCAAGAGAUAUCGGGUGAUGGCUUGGAAGAUAAAGAGAAUUUCUUACCUCCUUUAUGAAAAGGUGUCUAUUGUUUUUUAUUCCAUUUUCCUUGCAUUACUCAUGCCAGGUUUAAUUUGUUCAAAAUAUUGGGCCAUAACAGGCAGAAUCAGAUCUUUUUGGCAUCCUGUAAUUUUAUAGAAUUAAAUUUAGUUGUUAGAGCAAUUCAUUUCCCCCAGGGAACCUUCAUCUGUUAAACUUAGUCAGUUGCUGCUUUAUUGGUUUGUUCAUGACAGCUCUAAACAUUGAUUCCUGAUGGAGAAUUUUUUUUAUCUGUGUUAUGUGACGCAUUCUGAGUUAUAUUAUUUUAUUCAUUACUUAGUUUUACUUCCAAUUUAUUUUUGAAUAUCCCCUUUUCUCAGCAUGGGAAAUUAUUGUUAUUUUAUAGAAAUAUGGCCACAUGCUUCACUCAAUCAAAGCUAAUUCAGCAUGCUCAGCUUUUGAAUUCAUAGGAAAGGCAAAGAAGCAUAAUAAUAAUAUUUUGUAGUUCUCAUAUGUCAAGUGCAGUCAUGAUCAAAAUGAAUAAUUUUGUAAUAAUUUCUUGUCAGUGUUGCUGUAGAAGAAACUUUUUUAUCUUAUUAUUUUUUGAAUUUGAAUUUUUACUUGAAGCUGUUUUUUUUAUAGCUCGAAUUAAUGCUGCAGUAAAUUAGAAAUGCAACAAAAUCUAUUUGUCUACAGUACAUUGCCACUAAAUCAUUUCUUUUGUUGAAAAUUGAAUGCUUUCAAGUGUAUGCCAUUAUUUUGUUCCAUUUUUAUCAAUUGAUUGUAAGCUACUUUUUGCGUUUUUAAAUAUAAGUUGAAAAUUUGGCCAGUGCCAGUUUUUUGUUUUUUUCUUUUUUUGGCUAAAACCAUUGAUUUUAAAGGUGUGCAUGUAUUCUCACAAAAACAAACGUAAAUGUCAACAUUUAGCCAAGCAGCUGUUGUUGGAAGUUUUUUUCAUUUCAUUUCAGUUCAUUUGCUGAAGCAUUUUAAUUAACCCUUGUCAGCACAGACAGUCUGUUUCUGAAUGUUUCUUUUUUUUAUUAAACAAAAGAUCUAAUGUUUCUGUAUGAGAAGGUUUUAUAUUUUCAUAAUCCCAAAUGCUGCCAGUAGACUGCAGACUGUUAUAAUCACACACACCUAUUUCAGUACUAUUUACUUCCAGCCAUGGCAAGAAAUCAUUAUUAUUUUUCUCUAGUUCACUUUAGAGAUGGACUGUGUAAAGUGAUAUUUUCUCAGGUGAAACGUGUUGGUUUUUGUGCUACUUUCACAGUGAAAUUUCCUCAACUCUUUGCACUGAACAUAAUCAUCAGUUGAGAAGGAAAUUUCUACUUAUCAUGAUUUCACUGUGUUGUUAUAUUUCCACAGUUUUUGUCUUUGUGGUGGUGAAGAAUAUAGCAUGUUUUCAGACAACCACCUGUUGAAUCAUAGUUAUAAAUAUUUUAUAUUUUGAAAGGAAAAACUAAAGGCUUGUUGUAUGGAGCUUAUCCAUAUCCUGCGUUUUUGUCAAGAAUGCUUCUAAGCUGUACUAUGUUUGUGUUUCCUUUCAAAUGUGUUAAUCAGGUGACAUUUCUAAAUCCCAUGGUGACAAAGAAACCAAGGCUACAGCGACAAAAGAAGCUAUUUCACAUUCAAAAAGGUGAGAGAUUUAGUUUCUAAACUGACAAUAGCAAUCCUAGCACUGGUGUUGUUAAUGUUGUUUUAGUGAUAUCUAUGGUCAAUCAGAAUGUAGUGAUGAAUUUUCAACUCUCUCCCAUCUUCUUGCUAUAGUAAAUUUCAAUCAAGAUGUUAAAUAAAUACGUGUAGCUUCCUGAUCUAAGUUCACUAGACCCUAUAUAUGGUGAUAAAAAUGUUAUGAUUUGCAUUAUAUGUAAAUUAUCUUGGUGUUAUGGUAUUUUGCUGGAGUAAUAGAAGAUUUCCUUAUUGAAAUUGUCUUAAGAAAUCAAGGUGAAUCUAUCAAGUGAGGGAACAGCAGAUUAUAAUAUUUACAAAAUAGUGUUAUUGUGUUAUUCACAGUGGAUCAUAGAUUCAAGUGUACUGUUCAGGGUGCAAAGAAAGUCAUUUUCACAGCUUGCCAUUCGGGCAAGCUGAAGCUAGCAUUUACUAGCCCAAACAUCAUUUCAACUAGCCCCCAAAAUUUUUUGAUGAGCAGAAUUGAUUUCACGGUUCCUCUGUAAGUUAAAUUCCUUAAAAUACUUCACUUGCCCAUCGGGCAAGUUAAGAACAGAAUUCACUAUCAUGGUAGCACAAUCCACUAGCCCUGGGCUAUCGGACACUACUUUCCUUGCACGCUGCUGUUUCAUGCUAUGAACAUGUCCCUUAUCUCAAGCUACAGGGUUAUUUUGAAUAAUUUAUUUUAUUGGCUACUGAUGCAAGCAUGAAAGGAAACUGUAGAAUUUGAAAGCGGUUGUCUAAUUAACACACGUAUGCCACCUUAAAACGAUAUAUUUACUAACCUUUUUUAUUCCACUUGAUCAUCUUGGGAACAAAUUGGAAAGGGGAGAGUAAAAAAAUUAAAUUUCUGUUCUCAUUCAAAAGAAACUUCCUCUAAUUUUCAAACAAUAAGGUUUACACUUGACCUCUUCUUAGCCCUUUAAUUCCAAAAGUUAUCAACAUCACUUUUCUCCCUACAUUAAUAAUACAUAAUCAAAAGAAACGUUUAUGAGAAUUUAUCAGGUGAUCACCUACAAGAAAAUGCCUUGAUCUUUAGUUAAAUUCUUCCAACUAAUUCUUGAAAAAAAAUAUGAUAUCAUUUUACGCAAUUUGUAUGAGGAUAUUCGCCACUUUGUGUGAGGAUAUUCGCCAAUUUGUAUGAGGAUUUUCGCCACUUUGUGUGAGGAUAUUCGCCACUUUGUAUGAAGAUAUUCACCACUUUGUAUGAGGAUAUUCGCCUCUUUGUAUGAAGAUAUUCGCCAAUUUGUAUGAAGAUAUUCGCCACUUUGUAUGAGGAUAUUCGCCACCUUAAAGACAAGAAGGAAACUGGGCCAAGUAAGCUUUCGCAAGCUAAAGACGUCUGGGAUCAUUACUGGGAAAGUGCUUUUCAGCUAUUUGCCCAUUUGUUUUCCCUGUCUCCAAUAUCAAAAACAGUCUCAGAAGUCUUUUGUUAAGUUAACUCAGCCCAUGAGAAAUGAUGUAAUGAACAUGCCAGGAGCAUGGGACAAAGACAAAAUCUGAGUAGAAUUGAGCCUAUGACCUUCCGUACUCUAGUCAGGUGUUCUAACCACUUAGCUGCAAAGGACUCGUGGCAAGCUGGGCCAUAUAAAAAUAAUUUAAAAAUUUAUGAUCUUUAUUUAUUUAUUUAUUUAUUUAUUUAACUCCGCCCAGUUACCUUUUUGCUUCCAAAAUGGUGAUUGGAGGCUUAAAGGGUUAAAUGUGAGCGGUUUUGAAAUUUUGAAAUGGCCUAUAGCGACUUUGUUUUGUCUUCUGUUCAUGUAGCUCACUGUUUAAUUUUUCUGGCAUUGACCACUUUCGCUUUGCCCAUAAUAGAACUUGUUUACCCUGAAAUUUUGCAUAAGCAUUGCUUCCAAUUUCUCCUGGAUCUGACAGUCAUCCCAAGGGAAAGCGAAAACAAUGCUCAUGCAAAAUUUUUGGGGGUAAUUCAAGAAUGAUUGAUUUUCAGGAAAAAAUUUUCUUCGUGCUGGACAAAUGAACACAAAUGUUGCCACUUGGGCCAGAUUACUAAAGAGAGCAGCUCCACCAAACUGUGCAACAGAAAACACAACUCUAAGUCCUAAUUCUACACCUCAAUAUCCAAGGCAAGUUUACCUUCUACAUGUAGUAAUGCAGGUCUGUUGUAAAAAUGAUCAUGAUGCAGGGUUGUCACUGAGAUUUCAAGUUGCUGGGUAUAUUCAGUUAGUAGGCAGGAAAUUGAACAGCUUUGAAGUUCUAGUAUCUUUUAUUUCCCUUUUGUUUCCUCGCAACGUAGUUGGGGGUUGUCUUCACAGAAGCUGGGGAAAUCUCUGGCCCCUGGCUCUUAGUGACAGCGCUGUGAUGAUAAUUUCAGUUCUUUUGACAUGACAUCGUAUUUAAAAGCUUUUAGCCAGGAAUUGCCAAGUGGCCGUCCACAAAUUGAUAUGGCCCCAUUCCACUAGGUAUGGGGGGAUUCUGAAGGCAUCCCCCCCAGAAAAUAUUAGCCUUCUUAGGUGCAUUUUCAGCAAUUUUCAGCCGAUAAACUUGGACAAUUCAGAGUUAAAUGUUAAAUGUAUCUUUUCUUGGCAAAAACCUAAAAAUGGACUGAAUUUGUACCUGCUGGCCAUACUAAAUGCAUCAGUUGUGUUAAACCACUUCCAAGCUUGACGUUUAUAAUUUUGUUUGUCUGGCGUUGAUCUUUGGCAGCCAUCUUGGGGGAAGUUGAAAACUGGAAACAGUGUGUAGGGAUUGGACUGUGGGAGGGUGGCUGGGAAUUAUUAUUUUUUGUAACGACAAAAGCGGACUAAUAUAGGACGGAAAAUGAAAAUGUGUUAUUGCGUUCCUUUUAAUGUUAAAGUUGUACCUGUUCUAGCUGUGCAGACACAUUUCCAGCCAUUAGGAAAAGUAUGAUUCUGAACAUUAUGUCGUUUACACAAGUUACUACUUCAUGUAGCCAUCAACAAGCACUCCCCAGUAGGAAAGCUUCUUCCUGGCUACAUGAGGUUCCUUUCCAUGAAAUCAGUCCUGUAAUGUGCACCAUGCUCUGCAUUCAUAUAAAUGGGAAAAAAUAGCCCAAUAUUGGCGUAUGAAGGAACCUCAGGAAAGUAAAGUAGAAAUAAGGUGGUGGUGAGGUUGUGUGUGAAGUUUCUCCAGUAUCACAAAAGAAUCAAGUGAUUUUUUUUAAAUAUUAUGAAAUCACUGACUGAGAAUCAACAAGAUUAUUGUUAUAUUAUUUUCUCCCAAAAAAUGGCCAUCCACUGGAGGGCCACCUGGCUAAAAGCUUGCUGAUACCCACUGGUCAAGGGCCCAGAGAAGGCAUCUUCUAACUUUUUCAGGAACUAAGAACAUGGUGAAACAGCAUGCAAGCAAAUUUGAGACCUGCUUGUCCUGAGGACAUAAGGUCCUUAUUUACUGGAUUUCAACUUUUAUUCAAGAAUAAGAUCAGGUCUAGAAGUUUAGCUGCAUUCACGCACACACUCACACAUCUACAGAACAAGCAAAAACAAACACUUGUUACAGAAAGAAAAAAGAAAACAUGACAUAAAAGACACGUUUCUCCUCGCUCAUCGCCGCUGAGGGAAGUUUCGCCAGGAGGAACGUGUGCGACUCAGCGACAGAAAUUCCAUACUGAUGACGAAAAAUCUGUCCGAAAUCCGGUCAGAAGCGCUAAUUGGUUGACAGAGUAGUUUCAUUGUUUUAGCUAUUGUUUACGAAUGAGAGAUAAAAGACAAAAGGCUGCAAAGGUCAAAUGUAAACGUGAUGAAUCUCUAACAAAACAGCCAAUAUUUGUGGAAUAUCAUCUUCUCUAGCUAGAAGGAUUUGAGUUUUGCUGGAGCUCACUCGUAGAUUAACACAACGCUUUUACCAAAAUCGACUAGGAGAAACGUAAAAUUGAACAAAUUUGCAUUUGGAGCCCCAUGACUACCAGAUUUAUUAUGUAAACAUUGAUUUACGUCAUCAGUGUGGAAUUUCUGUCGCUGAGUCGCAGACGUUCCUCCUCGCGAAACGUCCCUCAGCGGCGAUGAGAGAGGAGAAAUGUCUGCCGUUCGCAGGCUAGUUCUAUCCAUAACUAGCAAAUAUUGUAUGUGAAGGGAACACUAAAUAGAAAGAGAAAGAAACUCUGUGUAACAUUGAUUUUCUGAUGUGUUUUUUAGCACUCAACCAAGAACACAAACACCUCCUAGACAACCUGAUUUUAAUAGUACUACCCCUAGUAAAAACCAGAAGACUACAAAUAACAGUGGUGUGCCAGCUGGUACGAGUUCGAAGAAAACCGUCAAUGAAAAUGAAGUCCAGGUAAUUCUCCUCUUUUAAGUAGGUGGAAUAUGAUCGUUUUGGCAAGUGUAGUCCUGAAUAUGACUGUUGUUGAUAGUGACUGACGUUUUGACUACCUGUGCAGUAGUCAUAUUCAGACACUAAAGAUCUCAUUGGUUGUCAAAAUGUCAGCCACUGUCAACAACAGUCCUAUUCAAGACUACACUUACCCAGAUGAUCAUAUUCCUCCUUACUGGGUUCCACAUAAUUGGCUGCAUCAUCUCAAUCACCUUGAGCAUCCAAAAAGUGUUUUGGCUUUUUUUUGUUUUUGUUUUUGUUUUUGCAAUUGUUACGGGCAAGAGGAUUCAUUUGUUUAACACACUGGUAGAAACCUAUAAUGUAGAUCAAUAUUAUGAGAAAAAUUUUAUUCUUGAAUUCCAGUAACUUUGAAAACUAAUAAAAACUUUCAACCUCAACUGAAACCUUGUUCACUUCUGCACUGGCAGGUGUCUUGUGCGCCGCAUAACGUGAGAAGAUUAGUUCUCAAUAUUAUCUGAAUUUUAAGUUUAAAAAUUUGCUCAUAGUUUAAAUUUACUGGACAGAUGAAUGUACACAAGUCUAGAUCAAUAUUGCCUCUGUUGUUCAGAUCAUCCUUCAAUGCACCUGAGGUGUUUCCAUGUGAUCCUGGGUCAGCUCGAUUGCUGGAGCACAUUCUGAGACAACAUGGACAAUCAAGGCAAUCUGGACAGUUUAUUAUUAAACCAAGGCUUUUGCUUAAGUCAGGUCUUUUAUCAGUGGCUGCAAACUGUAAAUUUUCCUUUCUUUCCUCGCCUUUUUGGUAGUAAAAUGAUAAAAGGCAAAUCCCAGUUCCUCUCCUGCUUUCUUAAAAAUGAAGUGACAGCUGUGUUUGUGACAGUUUAGAUCAGUGUUGGUUAACUGAAUUUUGUGAUUAAUUUUUCUAGGAUGCUCUUUCAGCAUUUGGUUUCCUUGAUAGUCCACAAAGACAAGAACUUCAGCCUUCUCCACCAAGACCAACACCUCCUGUUAGAAGAAAGUAAGCUUGAAUUACAGAAUGAUGACAGUCAUUUCUUUGUUUUUUUAGGAUAGUAUUUGUUAGCUCAUAUUUGGAUUCAUAUUGUUUUAGACCUCCAUCUCCUCCUACGAGUUCAACAAGCCACAUGAACAUUGACAGCUUUCGUUGCAUCAGUGUAUUAGGCAGAGGGCAUUUUGGGAAGGUAAAAUUUGCAAACUGUCGUAUAUUGAUAAAUAAUAAUGAUCAUCAAUUUUUUUGAUUUGCUGUAUAUUAUUGUUUUCUGAAAUUUAUAUUAUUGAGCAGCUUAAACCCGAUAAAAUAAUAUCAAAUUGCCACUUGAAGAUCAAAUUCAAUGAAAAAGCAGCAUUUCUAUUUUUUUUUCUAACUUCAAAGCUAAUUACUUGGACAUACUGUAACUGGAUUAUUUUUGGGUGAUGAAGGGGUGUUUAAUCUCAUACCCAAAUUUCUUGACAGCAAGAGAUCUGAGUAAGAAAAUGGACAUGUUUUUUUGUUGUUGUUCUAGGUGAUUUUAGCUGAAUACAGAAACACUAACGAGCUGUUUGCCAUCAAGGCAUUGAAAAAGGGUGAUAUUAUUUCAAGAGAAGAAGUUGAAAGGUAGAUUAUGAUAUCCUUAUCCUUAACCCAGUAUUUAUCCUAGAUCCCUGCCCAGUCUGCUGUGAUAACUCGUGAGCUGUUUGCUAUCGAUAUGGUUUAUGAUAGUCAGUUUAGUUAAUCAGUGGUAAGAGUUUUUGCUAGUUUUGAUUUUUCGUUAUUUCUAUUUUCACAGUCUUUUGUCUGAGAAAAGAAUAUUUUUAACAGCAAACAAGAUGAGACAUCCAUUCCUUGUUAACUUAUUUGCUUGCUUCCAAACACGGGUAAGAUUUUGCAGACUGGUGUCUUGUUUAAACUAAUGAGCUACUUUCUUUUCAAAGGAUUUCAGUUUUUGCUAUCUCUGAAAAGCCCUGGAAUGUUAUGACAGACUUGUCCAUGAAUCCUUGAAAAUAAAUGAAUUUUGCCAUAAAAAUAGGAUGUGAUAGAGUGGAGAUCACCAUAAUCCCAUUUUUUCUUGUAGCUAGCCCUCAUGUGGUGCAAUUAAAGAGGCUAUGUCACGAGGAUAUUGUAUUGCUGUAUUAGGUCAAUACUGUGCUGAAUUCAUUACUUAGUAAAGCCUUUACCCAACAAAAAAAUGCCCUUGUAGAGUUAUAAAGAAGAUACCAAACAAAUUUCAUCAAAGAGCACUAACCAAAAUAUUUUUUUAGUGAUUUUGCAGGCAGAGCAUUAAAACUUGAAAAAGAUGGCCCAACGUUUUCAAGUUUUAAUCCAUGUUUUUCCUUUCUAUCUGUAGCAAUAAAUGGCAGGAAACAGUGUCAAUGCUUGAAUGUAGUCUUAAAAAACGAAAGUGGGCCCAACAGCGUUCCCAGGGCUCUCUCCUACCCAUCCCUGCAGAGCGAGAAAGAGAGAACCUGGGAACGAGGUUGAACUGGAUCAUUAUUUUUGGAAUUUAAUUGAUGAAAAGCCAUGUUUUAGCUUUUUAAAAAAAUAGCAAAUAGCAUGACAUGGCGUGACAUAGCCCCUUUAAUGUAAUAUAAAAAAGCACAUGUGGCACCAAGGCUUAGGGUUGCAGAAAAAAUACCUCAUUGUUAUUUGCCUCUCAUUGAAUAGAAAAAGAAUAACCAAAUAGCACAUUGGUUACAUGCUGUACAUAUUCUUUGAAGCACUGAAUUAAUUUUCUGCAAUCUCUCAGAGUCAUUGCACUGGAAAGGGUCAAUGUGUAACUUGGUAUGAUUUCUUGGUGUUGCUGUAGGAACAUGUUUGUUUCGUAAUGGAGUAUGCUCCUGGUGGUGAUCUUAUGAUGCACAUACAUGCAGAUGUCUUCUCAGAACCUAGGACUGUGUAAGUUAACAUUCAUAUGAGUAGCCCAUGUUUUUAGUCGCUUGAAAAUCUCUUACCCACCCACUAGUUGUUUCAUUCAACACUUUUCAGCUCACUUGUUUUCUCUCUCUCCCCUUUUUUUCCCACAAAAGCACUGUGAGCACAGACAAAUGAACCAAAUUUUUAGCUGAAUUUGCUUGUAGAUUUUGAAUUUGUGUACUUUAACAUAAGUUGGCAUUGUAGCAAAACUACCAGACACCUUGCCUUGGUAUUAAUUUUUGAUAAAAUUAAUAAUUACAGUAAAAAAUCUGAACAAACAUCGCCAGUUUACACUUCAAUUUUCUUAUCCUCCAUUUAGAUUUUACACAUCAUGUGUGGUGUUAGGUCUGCAGUAUCUUCACGAACAUGAAAUCGUUUACAGGCAAGUACUUUGAUAUAUUAUAUAUUUGAAGUGUGUAUAUCAACACAUUUUCCUUUGCAAAUCAUCAUUUUUUAUGCAGUUACAUCCCUCUAUUCCCUCAGUGCCAUUUGAGACCCCCUACCCCCCGGUUGCUGCCAGCUUAGCCAUAUAUUUGAAGUCAGUCUCAGCAGUGAAUUGCUAUGAAAAAAUUGUUUCAUGUAUAAUAUAACACUGAAACUCUGCAUUAUUUACUAAGAAAAUUUGUUUUCAGGUAAACGAAAUAUAGUCUAAGACACGAAUUAACAAGUAGUGCAAACAAUUCAGCAAGUUUCCACGAAAAGCCAAAACAUUUUGAGUUGUUUGAUUUCAUUUGCUCCUCGAAAUAUAUUAUUAUCCAAGUGUUAACAGGAUAACUCCCUGUAAUUUCAAAAGUUAAAUUCCUUGGUUUGGUCUUUUUUUCAGGGAUUUAAAGCUUGACAAUUUACUGUUGGAUUCUGAGGGUUAUGUCAAGAUUGCCGACUUUGGCCUGUGUAAAGAAGGAAUGGGUUAUGGAGCAAGAACGGGGACCUUCUGUGGUACACCGGAGUUUUUAGCCCCAGAGGUUAGUAACUAUAAGGCAGCUGUGCAAGUUUGUAUUGUGUUAAAAAUAGAGCACCAACAGCCCACUUGGAUGUUUCGUGGAAAGCUAAUGUUGUUAUUUCCUAUGGCCCUGGUUGAUCAAAAUCUGGAUAGGGUUAUCCACCAGACAAAAUGAUAUUCAAUGGAUGAGUAUUUGGGAAACCAUUUCCAUUAUCCAGUUGUGAGAGAGUUAUCCAGUUGGUAGACGUAGUGUUAUCCACAUUUUUAACAACAGGGCCAGAUUAGUAUUGUUGGUGUACCUGUGGUACCCCAGAAGCUAAACUGAUGGGCGUUUUACUUAUUUGGCUUAAUGAGCCCUGAGAAUUUUUUUUUUUUGAGGGGGAUGGGGGGAGGAUUUAUUUGAGUGUGUCACUGUGUACAAUGUCACUAAGAUUUGAACAGCAGUAAUUCUAGCACCUAUUGUGCUGUGCUUUCAGUUUAGGUAAAAUGCUCUGUUAUCAAUUAUCCUACGCAUUGUUUGAUGUAUUGUCUUGUUAUUGCUUUGCAUUGCUGCCCCCUGUAUACUUGGAGCAGUUUGGGUAUAAUGUGGCCUUUGAAAUGCUGCAUAAUAUUUUUUUGUGUGCUAAUGAAUAACGCGGGUUUGUAGGUUUUAACAGAAACGUCGUAUACACGUGCUGUGGACUGGUGGGGACUGGGUGUCCUUAUAUUUGAAAUGCUUGUAGGAGAGGUGAGUGAGUAACCAACUGACUAAGUCAAAAGACACCUAAUUACUUUCACCGUUAAAAUAAACACCACCAUAAAAGUGUUGCUGAAGAGGUUUCAUUUGAAUGGUAACGCGUUAGUAUUUCACCCGCAGACUCAAAAGUUCGAACUGCUUACUAAAUAAAUAACAGCAUGUAAAAGUACUGCUAAAGAGGUUUCAUUUAAAUGGUCACACUAGAGGAUUUCAUCCACAGUCUCAAAUGUUAGAAGUGCAAACUAAACGAGUAGCCAUAAGUAACAGACUCCCAAUACAAUUUUCGUUCUAACAUUGUUCUUGUUUUAUGUUACCUUUUUAGUCUCCAUUUCCUGGAGAUGAUGAAGAAGAAGUCUUUGAUUCCAUUGUAAAUGAUGAAGUUCGUUAUCCAAGGUUUCUUUCAACAGAAGCAAUUGCUAUCAUGAGAAGGGUGAGAGUCUCACUCGCUGAACUUCUUCUUUUUUAUUCUUCUUUACAGCUUUAGAUACAGUGAAACUUCUUUAAAGGUGAUGUCGCAGGGAGUGAUGUGCAACGACCACUUUUAGGGCAACAGUGUUGGAACAGUGUAUUAACAAUCAGUUUCUGUAACAAUUCGAAAAAAAAUCACUUAAUUUUGGUGUCAAUGUAUUUAGCACUAGAGCAAUAUUACAAUGGACGACAGUAUUUUUACGUCUCCUACUAAAGAAGGGACCGCCAUUUUACGUGGUCAUCCGAGCCAUGCGAAGGUCUAGCCUUUUGCAGGGCAAAGGCAGUACUUUCCCUACUUUCUCAGUUAUUUUAAGACCCUGAGUAUUGGUCUAACCCCGGGAAUCAAACCCGCGAUCUCCUGGUCUGGAGUUAAGCGAUCUAUCGACUGACCUAAUCCUACCGCGGUAGCAGCAAUGUCCUAACAAUAUUGCAUCAAAUUAGGUUGUUGUAAGUUGCAAAAAGUUGUUGCAGAAAGUAGAGAGUAGUUCUACUUUUUGCAACUAAAUCUUUACAUGUUGCGCGUUUUACCGGCCCAAGGCAAACUUGUUUUGCACCAUUUGACGUAAAUCCAGCGUAUGGCGUGACUCCCUCGUAAUUUUAUCCAAUCAGAAGUCAGUAUUCACGAAACCUGAAGCAACCUGAUUUGUUGCCAGACAGGUUUGAACGUUGGUGGUAAAACGUGCAACAUCUCUUUUCAGCUAGUUUUGUAGCAAUGUUUCGAAACAAAUUGCACCUAUUUUCUGCCUGUUUUACCGUAGCUGAACAGAACUGUUUGUGGCAACGGAAAUCGGCUAAAAGGGGGCUUGUCUUACUAAGAGUUGCUAUGCUAGUGCAUGAAGACUGUUAAAAAGAGUCAGUAACUCUUGUUUCUGAUUGGUAUUUUGUUUUGACUUUCCUACAGUUACUAAGACGGAACCCAGAAAGACGGUUAGGAGCCAGCGAAAAAGAUGCAGAGGAUGUUAGAAAACAGCCUUUCUUUAGGGUAAGUAAAUCCACAAUUUAGCGGGAUUUAACCUUGAAGAAGUGGCCACCAAAUUGAGGUGGAUGCAAAUAAAAAAGAAGGCAUGGAUGGUCCAAAUUGACCAUGAUUGAAACGGUUUACAUUUGGGGGGUUUUGAAUAUUGUUCAGCCUGUAUGAUUUUCAAAUAUAUUUUGUGUUCGUUACUUUAAAUUUGAAUUCCCAGGAGACAUUUAUUUUUCAAAAAGGUGUGAUUGUUAUUUAGCGGUACAGUCGAAGCUCUCUUUGCUCUACUCUCGUAAGCGACCAGCUCUAUUCACGACCACAUUUGUGAAACCCCGUUUGAACUGCAUGUGCCUUCAACUUUGUAAUGAAAAGCUGUCGUAAACGACCGCGACCACCUUUGGGAUUACCCAACUGGACUAUUCCAUUGUUUUUAUGCUCUCGUAAGCCACCAGUCCGAGUCUUCUUCAUAAUUUCGACGCUUCAAUGAAACUGCACACUGCCCUAAUGGUCUUUAAAAAUUGGACGUCAAGUUAAGCUGUGUCUAUAUCAGUCAUAAAGACACUCAUUAAACAUUAAUUUCUUUCGUUUUUUAUGAAUUAUUAAUGAGUUUCUGCAGCUCUCGUAAGCAACGACCCUCUAAUGUUUUACUAUUCGGUCGCUUAUGAGAGCUCAUUCUCGUACGCGACCAGCUCUAGUUACGACCACCUUUUUUAAUUUCCGAGAUGGUCGCUUUCGAGAGUUUCGACUGUAAUUUAGUAAUUGACGAUAAGUUUCACAAUCAUUAAUUUUGGCAAAAUUAAGCAAAGUGGCCAAAACAGUGACUCAAUAGACAGUCCUUUGAACUCAUCAAGUGCCAUAGCCGGCUAGUAGUGAGGGACCUCAAAAGUGUCUUUUUAUAAUCGCUCAGGGUGUCGCUAAUUUUUUUCCCUUCUUUUCUUUUUAGGACAUGAAUUGGGAUGACCUUCUCGCGAGAAAAGUUCGACCUCCUUUCGUCCCUAGCGUGGUAAGUUUCUCUUUGCUUACGCUUUCCUGUUACCUUAGAAGCUUUUCCCGACGUUAGAAUUCUCCUUAAGGAAGUACAUGUACAUAUUUAAGAAACAUUGCAAUUUUUAAGCUCUGUUUUACAAGACAUAGGGAAAAUCCUAUAUCGAUCUUUCGACCUGACCUGCGGAGCAAGCCCUUACCCAAGGUUCAGUCAUUUUACCCUCGUCCUUAACAAUGCUAGGAUCAGCAAAGUCAAGAGCUUACUCUAUGGUAAUAAAUAAAGAAAGAAAGUAAAUUUUAAGCUCGUUAGUGAAGUACAUGUUAUUUGCUUAAUGGACUCUGUGACAACAUCCUUGUAGACCUGCAAUAAAACGUCAGAUUCAGGUUUUUCUUUAUCUUAUAGUUAGGCUUAUUUUGUAAUUCGUAUGAUAAUCUGCUUCGAGCUGUUCUCCUUAACUGGGUGGGGUUUCUUUCAUCCCCUGCUGUGGUUACUCUGAAUGCCCGUAACAUAGGGUGUAAAGUCUAUAGAAAAUGAUAAUUAGUGUAACUUGUUGACGUUUUUUUGGCAGAAACAUGCAGAGGAUGUGAGUAAUUUCGAUGAAGAGUUUACAUCGGAGGAUCCAGUCCUUACCCCGCCCAAAGAAAUUAGAACGCUGUCAGACGAAGAACAGGUACAGAUAUGCUGAAUCUUACAUCUGAUCAACAAUGUCCUUAUUUUAUCUGUAUGGCCUUCGGGUUGCUUGUUCACAGAGGAAUCUCAAUGCAAUUCCACUGUUUAAACGAUAUCUCAGUUACUUUAACGUCUCUUCUAUUUCGCCAUCAGUUCUGGCCUGAUGCAAAAGUUUGAAUUUGAAAAAGAACUCUAAACAUGCGCAGGUUUAAGUCUGCUAGUUCGAAGGUUUUGAAGGUUUUGAUUGGUCCCCAGUUCCCACUUCUUGCAAUUGAAACUUGUCGCUGUCGCCAAGCGAGAGGAGUUUGCGACGAUUAAAUGAAACUGACCUCCAGCUAAGGUUGUCGUUUCCGCCUUCCUAACCGAUUAAAUUGAUUGGACUUUGAUGAAGCAAAAUCAGUCUCGUUUUUCGUGAGGUGGAAAUAUGCGCGCCUGCCAAUUACCUCAUGCAACUAUUCUCCCAAGAAAACUAUUAAUCUUGUUAAUGUAUCUUUGGUUGAUCUAACGUCUCGCGCAAUCCUCCCCAAAGUUGGUGCAGUGGGGAAGGAAGGCGCGACGAACCCCUAGGAAAGUCUGCGUGGGUGGCUAUGGUUGAUCCUAACCCGUUGUUACCUUUAUUAUUUUUCAGACACUGUUCGCGGAUUUCAACUACACUGCUGACUGGUGCUGAGAAAAACCAAGAGGCAGAGAAAAAUUUUAUACGAUUAGUGUAGCUAGAGAAUGAUUUUCAUUUUUACAAUGUCCAGGCGCUGGAUCGAGCGCCUCCAAUGUAAAGCGUUUUUAUGAAAGAAAAAAAUGCGGUGAUUUUAUUUUUAUCAUAGUGGGGUAGUAAUUUUUCCCCUCCCCAUUUAUCUCCCACUUUCAAAGAAGAUAUGCAUAAAGUAAAGACUAGUUUGGGAUGUAAAUACUAUAAAAUAUUAUGUUGUCUACGCCUUCUCUUUGAAGGGUGGUGCUUAAGUAUGUAAUAUUCUUUGAUAUUAAGUACUCGUCCAUUGUCUGCCCCACGCUGGGCCUCACAAGCGCCCCUGGAAACAAAGUUACUUUGCUGCUGACUUUUAUAUUGAACUCCUCUGAUUGAACUCCCAGAAGAAUUAAUGGUGUCGUUGUUGAGUUCGUCAUCAUUUAUUCUUCUAUACAACAAAUUGUUUUUAUAGAAGUAUUUUUCACUGUUAGGUAUUUUCAGUGAAAGUAAUAGCUCCGGCCGGGGUUGCUCUCAAAAGAUGGUUAUCUUUCACCCAGGUUUACUAAGAGUUGUUUUACACAAAAUUGCCCUCGUUUAGAUACAUAUAGCUAGAGCGUAUUAAAUAUUGAUGAGCCAUAAUUCAGAGACCCGGUCAAUAUGUUAACCCAAAAUAUACUAUGAUAGUCUGUGAGAAACUGAACCGAAACCCUUUCACUCCCGAACGUGGCGUAAGUCGAAACUAAGAAAAGAAAGAAAAAGUGCUAUGCGCACGUACUGCUCGGUAGCUUUUAUUUGAAUGGUCACAUCGUAGGAUUUUGUCCACAGACUUGAAAGUUCGAACCACAUUACAAGACUCCAUUGUUCACUCUGGAAAUGGAAGGGUUAACUCUAUAACCUUGGGUUGGUGCUGACUGCCCUUCCUGAAAAAAGAACGAAAGCAAAGCAAAGGCCGUCUACUUUUCAAAUGUUGAAGUGACAGUUUUUUUUUGUCUCCUUUUCUUUUUGUCGUUUUUCUUUUCUCGGUCCUCGAUGAGUAAAAAUUGAAAUUACCCGCUCAUGACUAAAAUCUUGUGGCUGCGCAGAAACGUUAAGCGAUGCAACCUAGCUAUUUGUUUUUUACGAGUGUAAGUCUGACUAAUGUUCAGAUUGCACGAGCAUACUUUCUUCUUGUUCAUCGACCCUACUGAGUCUUUCUGUGCAAGAAGUUGGAUGAUAAUCGAAACAGAGUUGAAGUCACAAUUUGUCAGUAUAUCCCUUUGCUUUCGUAGAGUGCUUGUUAAAAUUAUGUUUUGCAUUCCCUCGACUAGCCGAAGAGGAAGUCGAGUGAAAUGAAACGUGAUCUUAUACUUGUAAAUAAUAGAGAAAUUUUCUACCUCUACUCUGAGAUUGUAUAUCAUUUAUUUUACAGCUUCAAUUUGGAAUUAAAACUUGAUGGAUUUGAGUUUAACUUUCAGAAUAUUUGAUUGUUUAAAAUUGCUGCUUUUCUCACGAACAGCCUCUCUGUUCUAGCAACAAAUGUGUGUGACAUUGGUCACGCCCUACCUGUGGAUGUUCUCUGCAUUUUAGAGACGUUUAUUUAAUAAACUCCGAAUACCCU